AAAAAAAAAAAAAAAGUACAUUAAUGCAUUAUAGAAGAGUACUGUACAUGCUUCAAAAAUGUAACUUACAGAAGAGGCAUUUUGGGCUAAGGUGACAGAGUGAAUACAUGUGGAGGAUUUUGCCCUUUGUUCAAACAAGAAGAAAUAGAGGAGAUAUAACUUUAUAGUAGUGGUCAUUAAAUUGGUGUCUGUGAAUUUUGAAAAAAAAAAAAAAAAGAGAUAUGUCUGUCCUCUUUCUUUCAGAUGUGAUGAAAAUCACCGUUGAGUUUUAGGUUAUGGCGGUUGCGUUGAGGUAGCACCAAUAGUUAGAGCACAGUAAAGCCGUGGCUUCUGAACUUGUUGGGAAUUCUGCAUUUCCAAACUGCCAAUUCAGAAGUAGCCCUAAAAGACCACAGAAAUCUUUUAAUUCUCAACUAAAAAGGAUUUAACUGCCAAAUAGGACCUUGUAGUAUAAAGAAUACUUGGGAAAACAGUGAUACCCACAGCUUUGCUAAGCAAGAGAUUAGAAACAAAGACUUACUAAUAAUCUCUCGUCUCCUGUCCUUUUCCAGGUCCUUCUUCAGAUGAUUUUCACAUUCUUCACCCCACCCAUUCACAGGCAUUAGCUGUUCUUUCUCGUAGCCCCGUAACCUUGGAGUGUGUGGUGAGUGGGGUCCCGGCUCCUCAAGUGUAUUGGCUAAAGGACGGGCAGGACAUUGCACCAGGAAGCAGCUGGAGAAGGUUGUAUUCUCAUCUUGCCACAGACAGCGUUGACCCAGCGGACUCUGGAAACUAUUCCUGCAUGGUGGGAAACAAGUCUGGAGAUGUAAAAUAUGUGACUUACAUGGUUAAUGUACUUGAACAUGCUUCCAUUUCUAAAGGACUACAGGAUCAGACAGUGUCUCUGGGUGCCACAGUACACUUUACCUGUGACGUUCGUGGGAACCCAGCCCCCAACUGUACCUGGUUUCACAAUGCACAGCCUAUUCAUCCUUCCGCACGACAUCUAACUGCAGGAAAUGGACUGAAAAUCAGUGGGGUUACCGUGGAAGAUGCUGGGAUGUAUCAGUGUGUAGCAGAUAAUGGGAUUGGAUUUAUGCAGUCUACUGGAAGACUUGAAAUUGAAAAUGGUAGGCUUUUAGGUCAUGCCAGUCAUAAGAACUUUUAUUUUCCAGGUGGGCUUUUGUUGUGGUCAAAAAUGAAAUUAUUUUUACUAAAAGAAAAUAACCCUAGCACCAUACAAGAACGGUGUUCAUUUUCCAUGUUCCUUGCUAGUGACAGGUAGGCAUUUCCGUGAAGAAGUAAUCUUAUUUAGUCAAGCUCAUUAAAAAAAAGUUUUUAAAAACUUUUCAACAGAUUCUUCAUACUUUAAAAAUCUAUAU